ACUGUAUUUUAAACUGUUCAUAUGAUAUCUGCAUUAAUUCUGAAAUUAAAUGAAGUAUUGAUUUUAAAAUUUGGCUAAAUUUUAAAAUAGAUAAAAAAUGUUUGAUUUAGAUCUAAAAAAAAUAUACAAAGUUAGCAUUUAUGGAUUUUUAGUUUAUUAUUUAUGAUAACUAUUUAAAGUAGAUGCUGCCGAACUACAAACAAUAAAUUAUAUCUAUUGUUUAGAUGAAAAUUGUCUUUUAUAUAUUAUAUAUAUUUAAAGAAAUCUUCCGUUCGUUGAAAAUGUAAGCUAAUUUAAAUUAUCUCUUACCCUGUAUGAACUUAUUAGAAUCAACGAUUUUUAAUUUGGUCCAAUCAAACGAGAAAAAAAUAACAAAAAACUAUUAACAUUAGAUUAGAUUAAUGAAGGUGUUGUAUUAAACUGCUAGAUAAAAAUUCCUUUUUAAGUAAUUAAGGCUGGGUUCUUAAAAAUAAGACUUGAAGACUGAAUAUAUUUGCCCAUAAUGUACUUUAAUUAUUGAACCAGGCUUGGGAGAAUCCAAAAAUAAACCCUGAGAUUGCCGAGUGAAUCAUUUUGAUCACACAUGAUGUUUGUUGUUAAACCUUGUUCUAUAAACAGCAGGUAGGCGGUGCCCCUGGAAAUGGACAAAAACAAGAUCAUAAAAUCCAGUGACCAUUCAUGAAGGUAGAAGACCCCGCGAAUAACCCACCAUCACCCAAUAAUGGAAGCUACCUGUGGGAUGGUAUAAAUUUGGGCUGCAGAACGGCUAUGGCAGCAUUAGCAAUCGAAAGUUCGUCGAGAGCAGACACACACACCCACCACCGCAAAUCAGCAUAUCGCCAUGGAACGGAGCCAUCUUUAUUUGCCCACUCUGAGCUACGCGGCCAUGGGUCACGUAUACGCCCCGUAUAACGGGAGCAGCUCACCCGCAUUGUCAUCGUCAUCCUCUGCAUCAUCAUCAUCGAGGCCGGAACAGAUCGAGGAGCUGGUGUCCCAGCAGUUGCACCAUCUAAAGAUGCACUAUGCCGACGAGGAGCAGCGCUACGUGGACCAGAUGCUGCUGGAGAAUCCCAUUGUUGUGGAGCGCCGAGCACCGCCGCCGCUGAAAACAGAGUUGGCCAUGGAACAGGGAUCGGGUUCUGGAUCAGGUUCCGGAUCGGACAUGAAGGAUGCCCAACGCCAGCGGGCCGAGUCAUGCCGCAAGUCCCGCUACAACAACAAGAUCAAGAAGGCCAAGCUGCGCUUCCGGCACAAGUUCGUCAGCGGUCAGCUGAAGAAGAGCGCCGUAAUGUUGGACACGAUGCGGGAUGUGAUUGCGCAGGCGGAGCGGCAGCUCCUCGAACGGGGAUUCCCCGCCGACGCCCUCGAGCGCAUGCGCACCACUUUCGGCCUGGCAAUGGAACAGUGAUGUAUCACUGGAAGCAUCGUAUCAGCCAGCGAGUAUACAUAUACCGGAGUACCGGAGAGCAGGAAGACGCAUCACUGACUAGUCCAGCAUUAGCCACACCACUUUUUUUUCUUGUUGACUAUAUCUAGUGUUACUCUAAGCGUAUUAUUAAAUUUUUAAAUAAAGUUAAGAAAUAUUACGAAAA